AUGUUGUCCCGGAUCAGAGUAGUUGCUGCUCCUUGUACUCUGGCAUGUCGUCAUUUGCACAUAAAAGAGAAAGGCAAGCCACUUAUGUUGAACCCAAGAACAAACAAGGGAAUGGCGUUUACAUUACAAGAACGACAAAUGCUUGGUCUCCAAGGACUUCUACCUCCCAAGAUAGAGACACAAGAUAUUCAAGCUUUACGAUUUCAUAAAAACGUGAAAAAAUUGAAUAGUCCUUUGGAAAAAUACAUCUACAUAAUGGGAAUACAGGAAAGAAAUGAAAAAUUGUUUUAUAGAAUUCUGCAGGAUGAUAUCGAAAGUCUGAUGCCAAUUGUAUACACACCAACAGUCGGUCUUGCCUGCUCCCAAUAUGGACACAUCUUUAGAAGACCUAAGGGAUUAUUUAUUUCAAUCUCAGACAGAGGUCAUGUUAGAUCAAUUGUGGAUAACUGGCCAGAAAAUCAUGUUAAGGCCGUUGUGGUGACUGAUGGAGAGAGAAUUCUGGGUCUUGGAGAUCUGGGUGUGUAUGGAAUGGGGAUCCCAGUAGGAAAACUCUGUUUGUAUACAGCUUGUGCUGGAAUACGGCCUGAUAGAUGCCUGCCUGUGUGUAUUGAUGUAGGAACUGAUAAUCCAGCACUCUUAAAAGAUCCGUUUUACAUGGGCUUAUAUCAGAAAAGAGAUCGAUCACAGCGCUAUGAUGACCUGAUUGAUGAGUUUAUGAAAGCCAUUACUGACAGAUAUGGACAGAACACACUUAUUCAGUUUGAAGACUUUGGAAAUCAUAAUGCAUUCAGAUUCUUGAGAAAAUAUCGAGAAAAGUACUGCACCUUCAAUGAUGAUAUUCAAGGGACGGCUGCAGUAGCUUUAGCAGGUCUUCUCGCAGCACAAAAAGUUAUUGGGAAGUCGUUCUCAGAACACAAAAUCUUAUUUCUUGGAGCAGGAGAGGCUGCUCUUGGGAUUGCAAAUCUCAUCGUUAUGGCCAUGGUAGAAAAUGGCCUCUCAGAAGAAGAGGCACAAAAGAAAAUUUGGAUGGUUGACAAGUUUGGUUUAUUAUUUAAGGGACGAAAAGCUAAAAUCGAGAGUCAUCAGGAGCCCUUUGCUCACUCAGCCCCAGAGCAUAUACCUGAUACUUUUGAAGAUGCAGUAAACAUACUCAAGCCUUCAGCUAUAAUUGGAGUUGCAGGAGCUGGCCGGCUUUUCACCCCUGAUGUAAUCAAAGCCAUGGCUGAUAUCAACGAAAGGCCUGUAAUAUUUGCAUUGAGCAAUCCUACAGCAAAGGCUGAAUGCACAGCUGAAGAAGCAUAUACACUUACAGAGGGAAGGUGUUUGUUUGCCAGUGGCAGUCCAUUUGAGCCAGUGAAACUCAAUGACGGGCAAGUAUUUACACCAGGCCAAGGAAACAAUGUAUAUAUUUUUCCAGGUGUGGCUUUAGCUGUUAUUCUCUGUAAUACCCGGCAUAUUAGUGACCAUGUUUUCCUAGAAGCUGCAAAGGCACUGGCAAAUCAAUUGACAGAUAAAGAGCUAGCUCAAGGGAGACUUUACCCACCACUUGCUGAUAUUCAGGAAGUUUCUAUUAACAUUGCUAUUAAGGUUACAGAAUACCUGUAUGCUAACAAAAUGGCUUUUCGAUACCCAGAACCUGAGGACAAGGCCAAGUACAUUAGAGAAAGAAUAUGGCGAAGUGAAUAUGAUUCGUUGCUGCCAGAUGUUUAUGAUUGGCCAGAAUCUGCAUUAAGCCCUCCCCUGAUAACAGAAUAGAAGCAUACCCACUGAGAAAUACUUUCCAUGCUUCAGGGAACCUGUUUUUUUCAGACAAAAAGAGAGAAUGUUCUCAAAUUUAUGGUUUUUUCCUGUGUUUUAUUUUCCCCCACUGCUUUGCUUGACUUAUUCUUUUCAUGAAUUUAUACUUCUGUAGAGGGUAGAUGUGUUGGCUAUAUUGUUAAUGCCCACCAGGACCCUGCAAUCAAAUAACCAUAAUGCUUUCAUUCUGAUUUGUAGCUCAUACCACAUCAAAGAGAUGUUCCAAAUGUAUUUAUCAAUGUCUUCACUUGUGCUCUUAUUCCUGCUUGCCAAAGUAUUCACUAUUUACUAUUAUAGUAAUGAUCUUCUCUCCCCAGCCCUAGAAUCGAAAUUUACUUCUGUGGAUAGGAGUAUAGAAUUUUAAGAAGCCAAAUUUAACCAAAUUCUGAGGACAAACUGUCAGUAUCAGCAAGUCUUCUUUUUGUCUGCCUCAUUUUAUCUUUAUGGUCUGAAAUCCCUUUCGAGUUGAUAAAUCUAGAGAAAUGUGAAAAAUCUACCCUGUUAUUUAUUUUCUGGACCUAAUUUGAAGCUU